CCAAUCUAUCAUCAGAUAGGAUUUAGAGGGUUCCAGAAGUUGCAACGAGUACAAGCUAGUCUUUGCUCGAUUCGUCAUUAACCACUUCUUAAAACCUAAGUUCAAUUUGAUAGUUUCUCUAUUUUCUUUGUUCAAUUUACCAUCAUCGAAAAUGGCUGCUUUUUAAUAGUUUGCUGUUGCAGUUGAAUAUUCAUCUGAAACCCUAAUCUCAAUUCGGUAAUUUCAUAAUUCUCUUUUCGAUUCAUUAUCAAUUCAUCUGCUAAAUAUAUAUCUAAUAGUAUCAAUUUGGUAAUUUCCAUUUUCCUUUUUCAACUCAUCAUCAAAAUUAGAGUUCAUCUGCAAAACUAUUCAUCUGAAAGCCCUAAUUUCAAUUCUGUCAUUUCCCAAGUUCAUUUCUAUUCAUUAUCAACAUCAGAUUCAUCUGAAAACCCUAAUCUCAAUUCGGUGAUUUCUUAAUUUCUGUUUUAACUCAUCAUCAACAUUAGAAUGGGAAAGAAAACUUCAUCCCCAUAAGCAAAAGAUCUCGGUUUCUCUGCGGCAUUAUCACAAACAUGUGGUGGGCAAAUUCAAGAGCUGCAAUAGGUCAAAGAUUCAAUCUUGAGGGUAUAAUUUUUUCUUCAAAAGUCCUAACAAGAGAUUCAGAUUUACUAAUUCCUCACCUUAAAGUCCCAAAUAUUCGUUACAUCAACUGGGAAGAACUCCAUAAAAGAGGCUUCAAAGGAGUUGUUUUCGACAAAGACAACACCAUUACUUUACCAUACUCCAUAACCUUAUGGGACCCUCUAAAACCUUCAUUGGAGAAAUGUAAGUCCAUCUUUGGCAAUCAAAACGUUGCCGUUUUAAGCAACUCGGUUGGGUUAUACGAGUUUGAUCCUGAUGGGUCGAAAGCAGAGUCAAUGGAGAUAGAAAUUGGGAUUCGAGUAAUAAGACAUAAGGAGAAAAAACCUGGUGGAAGUGCAGAGGAGAUAGAGAAACAAUUGAAUUGUAAAGCUAUGGAGGUUGUUAUGGUAGGUGAUCGUGCGUUUACUGAUAUUGUUUACGGAAAUCGGAAUGGUUUUUUCACGGUUUUGACUGAACCACUUACUGAUGAAGGUGAGAAUUUUUCUGUUAAGAUGGUGAGGAAAAUGGAAGAUUUUCUAGUUCAGAACAGGGAUGGUUCAAAGGUUAAGGAUCAUUGUUUUAUAGCUAAUAGUGAAGUGGAUUUGGUUUGCUUGAAUGAACCCUUGUAGUUGAGGAUCACACAUGAUUUGUAAUGAUAAUGGUGAUGAUGAUAAACUCAUGGUCUCUGUAGACUCGAGCAACAUACAUAUGCUUGGAUAUUUCAAUGGUUGGAUUUUUCAAAGGUCAUAUGGAAAGGUUGUAUUAGUUGAGGUUUUUAUAUCUUUAAUAAUGUAAUAUUUCUAUUUUUUAUGAAUUGUUUUGAAGUGUAUGAGAAUUCAUUGUUAUAGCUUGGUGAUAAGUUGAAUUGAGGACUUAAAUUUAGAUCUUCAA